AUGGUUGACAUUCUAACCGGUACCUUUACGGUCAAAGCUGGGCACGCCCAAAUGCUGAAGGGCGGUGUAAUCAUGGACGUGGUUAACGUCGAACAGGCCAAGAUCGCCGCGGAGGCGGGGGCUGUGGCCGUUAUGGCCCUGGAACGGGUGCCCGCCGACAUCCGCGCCGACGGCGGCGUUGCCCGCAUGACCGACCCCGCAAUCAUUCAGGGAAUUAUGGACGCCGUGAGCAUUCCCGUAAUGGCCAAGUGCCGCAUCGGCCACUUCGUUGAGGCCCAGGUGCUGGAAGCCAUCGGAAUCGACUACAUUGAUGAAUCCGAGGUGCUGACCCCGGCAGACGAGACGCACCACGUCUGGAAGCAUGACUUCCAGGUCCCCUUUGUCUGCGGGUGUCGCGACCUGGGCGAGGCCCUGCGCCGCAUUUCCGAGGGCGCAGCCAUGAUCCGCACCAAGGGCGAAGCCGGUACCGGCGACGUGGUGGAGGCGGUGCGGCACAUGCGGGCGGUGCAGGACGCCAUCCGGAAGCUGAAGAAUAUGCCCGAGGACGAACUGGUGGUGGAAGCCCGAAACCUGGGCGUCAGCCUGGAGUUGCUGACCCAGACCCGCGAGAUGGGCCGCAUGCCGGUAGUGAACUUUGCCGCCGGUGGCGUUGCCACCCCGGCCGACGCCGCCUUGAUGAUGCAGUUGGGCGCCGACGGCGUGUUCGUGGGUUCCGGCAUUUUCAAGUCAGGCAACCCGGUCGAAAGGGGCUACGCCAUUGUACAGGCCGUUACCCACUACAACGACCCGAAGAUUCUGGCCGACGUUUCCAAGGACCUGGGAGAGCCGAUGGUAGGCAUCAGCACCCGAUCCAUUCCGGAAGACCAGUUGCUGGCUCCCCGCAGCAUUUAA